AUGCCGCCAGCGUCAUCAUCCCAGCGGCCCCGUCAGGUCACGCUGAGACACGCAACUGAAAACAUUGAGUCGGCGGGUUCCGCUGAACGACUGGCCGCCUUGGAUGACCUGCGUUUUCUUUUCAGCAAGGAGGGAAGAUCGACGGAAUCCCCAAAGCUCACCGACGGGGACUACCAUAGGACCUUCGAUGCCCUUUUCCGCUGUGCCAUAUCGGAGAGGGCGACCUACUAUAGCGGCAAGAAGGGAUCCUCCACUGCGUCUGCCUCUAGAUUGGCCAAAUGUGCCGAGGCCCUGCGUGUUGUAGUAGAGCACGGAGCUUCGAGGCUAAAGCGGAAAACCAUCUUCGCCCUGGUCGACCACAUCAUCCAGACACUGCCUGCAUCCGGGGACGGAUACGUGCAGCCGCUCCUAACGGACUAUAUCAAAACUCUUGUGGCCCUCUUUUCUUACCCUGCCAACACCGAGGUGGUAUCCACGAAAGGGGCAUACACAUGGCUCGACUGCGUUGAUUUCAUCAUCCAGCUAAUGGAAUGGCAGUUGGAGAGCGGCGCUGUGGACUCAAACCCGUCACGAGACUCGCCGGCCCCUGGAACUGCGCAGACUUCGUCCUCGCUUGCCCUAUCAACAUUGCGUUCCACCGCCACUUCUUCAGCGCCGCGGGGCAGCAUUCGCGUGCAAAAGAACAUUCUCAACCACCUGUUGGAGUGCAUGUACCUUCUCGUCUCUGCCGCCAACGCCCCGGUCCUGCAGCGUUCCAAAAACAUCACCACCGUCGUCCUGCAAUGCAUUCGCCUUCGGUCCCUUGGUCUCUCAUCGGUCCUCCAGCUAGGUUUCUCUAUCCUGAACCUCGUACUGGGGACGACUCAUACCGAGGACACCAGUCAGACAAGCUCUCUGGUUGGAGAGCUGUUGCCGCUGAUCCGCCAGUGGUGGCAGGCCAAGACUACGUCUCAGGACAACGCCCUCUUGAAUAGCAUUCAGAUCGAGGUCCUCAAAGUAUUGGUCAACAUCCACCUCAAUGUUGAGCAUAUCAUCAAGCUCGGCGAUACUCACAUUACCGCUGAGAUUGAAGACUUUUGCGACAUGUUGUGGAAAGAGUACUCCUCUCGAGAUCCACGAGCACAGCUGCAGCAAGAUGACUUAUCAUACUCUGCCAUCCCUCAACAUGCCCAUGCGUUGAAGACCAACAUCUUCAGCCUCCGCACAUACAACUUAGACGCCGAACGAAGGUGGGCUGUUGUGCAUAUUCUCGCUCUAUUCGAGGGAAUACUCUGGCGGCAAUCCAAGUCAAAACCUGCGCCAUCCAUCGAGCAUGAUGAGCAACCACGCAAGCGAAGACGCACAGCCGGCAUGUCAAGUAGACUGCCCCAAAAACUCCAUAUGACCUCCGACAACGUGCAGUUGACUGCCCUCCAGGUCAUCCCGUUUUUUGUUACCAACAAUCAACUUCCUUCUGAGGAUAUUUCCGACUUGUUGUCAUCCCUCAGUAGCCUCGUCAGCCACAAGAACACAAAGCUAGCAGUAUGGGCCAUGAUUGCUGCCGCAAGUAUCACUACUGUAGGGGGUUGCAAAGACCAGAAGCAUUCUCCCAUGUGGAAGCAAAUGUGGUACAUUGCGGCACGUAACCUAAGCCUUGCCAGCAAUUGUCGCGCUGCCAGCAUUCUUCUGGUGGCCAUAGUGAACAAGGAUAUCUUGCCGUAUCGACAAGUCUCAGACGACAUCAACAAUAUUGUGACAGCAGCCGAUGUGAGCGGGCCGGCGGUAGUUUCGGAUGCAUCAGUUGCCCUCAUGACACGUCUUUUGCAACUGAGGAAUCAGAAGCUUCCUAACGCCAGUCAUGCGACAUGCAGCCAUGUUGUACGUUGGUUAUUUCUAAGAUGGGAUCCCGGCGACGUCAACUCCAGGCAAUCCCAAGAAUUGGAUGACAUGGCAACUAAACUGCUGGGAAGCGCUAUACAUGCCGCAUGGAGCUCAUCUUCGACCCACCACUUUUCAGAAACCUUACUCCAGUCGGUGCGACCUUACUUGCCACAGAUUUCCACUGAACACCUCAGCACUCUCUACAAAGACUAUUCGCCUGUCCUUGCGUUGUUUUCCGAGCUCUCUGAGUCACUGCGCGAAAGAAACUCACAGGUAUCUUCGGGAAACGGUUCUGAUGCGAUGGACUUGGAUGAGGAUUUCGAUUCUCAAGAUAAUCGGUCAAACACGGGUGGUAAGGCACUUGAGCUCUCACGUCGUGAAAGAUCGAUACUUGAUGCCGAGUCUUUCUAUGUGGACACAACCCAAAGACUGCAUCUUCUCAAUGCACUUCACCAAGAUCCUGGUCAGAUCGGACUUGUACCUGCUGUCUUCGUUGAGGAUCUCCUCGCAUUGUCGGAUGAGGAGCUGCUCUCUUGUCGUUUGUUGAACAAGGAGUUACUCGCUGGCGAUCUUGUCACCGACUCAGAGGAUGCGGCCAAGAUGAUCGAAAGAUUCGGAGAAAUUAUCGGGACCGACAUGUUCUCCAGUUGUGAGGUAGCAUUCAAUACCUGCCUAGAUAUUGUCGAAGGAUUCAUGGACAUAUGGACGGAUGAGAGAACUGAGCUAUCCUCUGAUGUUGGAAUGCUUUACGAGUUCUUCGUCAGGAAGGCGCUUCCAAGUAAUCUGCUGUCGCCAAAAACCGAGACAGCGUUGGCACGACUCUUGCUACGCCUUACGGAAAUCAACGAGAAAUUCCCAGAGAGUCUAGGUCUUCCAACCACCAUCGGAACAAUCUUCGGUAUGCUUCAGGGGAGCAGCAUCGCCGUCAAGUUUUUUAUUGGGAAACACCUGUCCCGCAUCUUCCAUCGCUUCGUCCUCAAGACACAUGACCAAUACUGUUCAGACAUUAUCGAUUACCUUCCACACGAUCCCGAGGUGCCUGAGGGUAUCGCGUUGAGGCUAUACGUGCUCAGCGAAUUAGCGCAGCACUGGCGAACGUUGUUGCGGCGAUGUGUAUAUGCCAUCUUUGAGACGCCUGGAAACAUUCGAUAUUGCGCCAAGCACGCUUCAUAUUGCUUGUCAGCAAUAGCCCGGACUCUUGGUCUUGAGAACGCCCAGAAGCUUUUUGACUUGUUUGCGCCACAGCUUCUAUACACGUGGCUCAACAAUGACGAUAUCGAGAAUAUCCCUUUCGAAAUCUUCGGUUUCUCAACCCUCGAGGAACUUCUAGAAAACGCUCAAACCGAAGCAGUGGCUCUCAUGGUCAUGCGUGGUCAGGAGGUGCAGCUCACAAGUCUUGCCGAAUCCCUCAAAACGAGUCCCGCAAUCUUGGUACAGAGGUGCUUUCCGAAAGCACUUGCGUACAGUAUUGCAUUUGACAUCAGCAUGCCCAAGGUUGACAAUCCGAGUGGGGAAAGUCGAAUUCGGAAGAUGAUGGGCCGCCAGUUGUUCAUAGACAAUGUGUACAUCAGCUUCGCCGAUAUCAUUGCCAUUUUCUUCACCAUCAUCGAUCAAGAAAACCCGGUCGAGAAUCAUUGGGCAAAGGAGAAUGAGUUUGUAAAAGCUGCUGACUCCAUGGCCGAGAUCAAGAAGCUUGCGUCCUCUGAUAUUGAGCUCGCCCCAAAUCAGCAGCCUCACUUUCGGGCCAAAUAUCUCACCCGUGAGAUUGCACUCCUCUGUAGUCGCACGGAGUAUGAGUUAAAGGAUCUGUGGACCCCAGCACUAGUAGUAUCUGUUGCGCGAAGGUUGUUCAACAUGAUUCAUCCAGCGCUAGGCCCCCUGCAUACAUGUUCGGUUAUUCGCAAGGUGCGAGUUCUGGUGUGCUUGGCUGGUCGUCAUGCAUGCGAGUCUUAUCCCCUCGAGAUGUUGUUGCACUCGAUACGCCCUCACCUUACGGAUCUAGAGAGCGCAGAUGAUGCUCUCGGUAUCACUCAGUACCUGUUGAGCCAUGGUUCAACAGAACUGGCUCGCUCUCCCUCUUUUCUUGCCGGGUAUGCUCUCUCCACGCUGGCCUCUUCACGUGUAUUUCUAGAGUCCAGCCAAGCAAGCACGACUCAGGAGAGCCAGUUCAAAGCAACUAUGAGCAAGGCACAGAGAUUCCACCAAUGGUUCAGCAGAUAUCUCGAAGAGUACCAGUCGCCACUGCUGCGAGGGGAGCAGCAACUGGCGGCAUUUAAAGCUAUCACUCAGUCUGCCGCUCAUGUUCGAUCUUCCGGAAACUCAGAACGAGGUUCGCACGAGAGUACUCUCCUGUUGGAGAUCCUUCGAGAUGAUAAUAGCGAUGCUCAACUUCUAAACGAGCCGUCCCGCCAGUUGGCCUUGCAGAUUUUGGCCAAAGACUUUAAGAUACCCGCUUCGUUCCGUCAGGAUGCCAUAAACUCCGACAAGGAAGCCAAAGAUUUGGCAACUGCAGUCUGGAAGAGUGCUCAUGCUCAGCCAGAUGACGAGCAUUACGAGCGAUAUCGAGUGUGGGCAGGCCGUGUGAUUGGAAGGGGUUUUGCUGCGUCUGGCACUAUUGAUCCUGACCUCCUUCGAGAGUCUAAGCUGAAAGAAUAUCUCCGCAAUUCUACCAAGAAAUCCAGUUCUGAGCGGGGGCUGCUUGUUCUACUGCAGGCUCUGGCGGUUGGUCCGGAUGGCUUUACAGCUGGUCUGGCAGAGGCGGCUUUACGAUGCAUCGUUUCCGAGGCAGCUGACCGAGAAGAUAACAUGUUGUUGGCAGCUUGCCAGGGAGUGUUAUCGGAACAGCUUCUAGUGACAUCAAAUUGGAACGUCUACAAGACUCCACCCGCAGAUGAGCAGCCAGUGCAACGGAUACUCGAAAGCAUGGCCUUAUCCCCGGAAGCCUUCGAAGAAGACAUAUGGGUUCAGCGGCUUGCCAUAUAUUUGGCGCAAACUGUCGAGAAAGAUAUCGUCCUCGGCGCGCUACCACAGUUGCUGAAGCAUGUCAGAGGAUUUGCCGUCGAUGCCUUUCCCUUUAUUGUUCAUCUUGUCCUACUCGCCGAGCGCGACAGGCAACAGUCUGCCAAACGGCAGUUGUCAGCAGCUCUGAAGGAGUGGCUGAAAAACAUCAAGCCUGAAGCCAAAGAUCAUCUAAGUCUUCUGGUGAAUGCUUUACUCUACCUGAGAACACAGAAGUUGCCUGGUGAAAAGUCAAUAGCGGAUCGGUCGAUGUGGCUUGAUGUUGACUUGUCUGCAUUCGCGUCCGCAGCCUCACGAUGUGGCAUGCACAAGACGGCACUGUUGUUGGUGGAGUCGGCAGCGUCCGAAGGAAGUCGAACCUCUCGCCGUUCAUCAGCUGUUCGGGCUCAGGAAUCUACGGACGUGCUACUGGAUAUAUUCGAGAACAUUGACGAUCCAGAUGCUUAUUAUGGGCUACAAGACAAUACCAGCUUGGCCAAUGUGCUCGCACGUCUAGAGUACGAGAAAGAUGGUGUCAAGGGCUUGGCCUUCCGGGGUGCCCAAUUCAAUAGCCACAUCCGCAGAAAGGACACCAGCGUUCAUUCAGAUGAGCAGUAUCUUGUCGGAACCCUAAGCGGCAUCGGCCUCUCUGGCUUGUCUCAUUCUCUUCUUCAGAACCAGCACAGCCAUGACAACCCAUCCACUUCUGUGGAUUCCACCUUCACAAAUGCCAGACGUUUAGAAAUCUGGAAUCUUCCAGUGCCCAACUUGACUAAGGAUCCGGCUCCCACGCUUUAUAAGGUCUACCAAGGCUGUCAUCAAGCCACCAAGGUUGAAGCGGCUCAGAAUUCUAUCUAUCGUGGACUUAACAGAACUGUUCAAAAUCUGGUCGACCCAGAUUCCAACACGGCUAGCAUUCGAAGCAACCUAUGCACGCUCGCUGCAUUAGCGGAACUGGAUGAUGUCCUAAACUUGACCUCGUACACCGAUGUCAGCCAGCUGCUUUCAACCAGAGAGACAACAUUAAGCACGCUUGGGAAGGCCUUGCAAUCCUUCCCCAAGUCUUCUCUGUCCCUGCCGGAGAGCAAGCUUAUAGAGGCUAGGUCAUUGCUCCUAUCGUCAAACAUCUACCGCUUUCACCAGUCUCACCAGGAAUCUCUAAACAUCGCAACUGCCUUGAAUGAUCUCAUCGAGCCAAGUCUUGAUCUAGGAUUAACCAUUGAUGCUGCUGCCAAACUCGAGGUCGCAAAUGCCCUCUGGGACCACAACGAGAUGAUACCAUCGAUCCGGAUGCUCCAAAGCAUCGAUGAAGAGUCCGAUCUCCGGAGACAGGACAUUGCAGUGAGACGAAGUGAUUUGCUCGCAAAGGUUGCAUAUCAAAUUUCGGUCGCACGUCUCGAAAAACCGGAGAGUAUUCAGAAGAAUUACCUGCAGCCGGCUCUAAAGGAACUGAAAGGGAAAAUGGACGGGCCUGAUGCGGGCCAAGUCUAUCAUCAAUUUGCCAUGUUCUGUGAUGAACAACUGCAGAAUCCGGACAGCCUAGAGGAUCUGGUGCGAUUGCAGCAUCUCAGACAAGGGAAAAGUGACGAGGUCACACAACUCGCGCACCUCAUUCGAAACACCAAAGAAUCUCAAACGAAAGGUCGUUACCAGAACCACUUGGCCAAAGCCAAGCAAUGGUUGGACCUUGACGAGCAAGAACUUCGUCGUGUUGAGCAGAGCCGCAGCGAGUUUGUCCGCUUGAGUCUUGAGAACUAUCUCCUUUCACUCACGGCAUCGGACGAGCACAACAACGAUGCACUACGAUUCACUGCCCUCUGGCUCGAACGUUCGGGUGAAGAUUCCACUAAUGAAGCCGUCAAGAGGUACAUCGAGAAAGUACCUACCCGCAAAUUUGCGUUACUCAUGAACCAGCUUACCUCGCGACUCCUCGACCGCGGACAGCUAUUCCAAAAGCUUCUUUUCGACCUGGUCCAUCGGAUAUGCGUGGACCAUCCAUAUCACGGGAUGUAUCAGGUGUGGUCAGGCACCAAGUCGCGAACCAAUAAUAAAGAUGACAUCGCGGUACUACGCCAGAAAGCUACCGAGAAAGUCGCCAAGAAGCUUGCGCAAAACGAAGCUGUCUCUGCCAUCUGGCGCGCUAUCGACAAAACCAACAAGGCAUACCACAUGCUGGCCGUCGAAAGGGAUAGCUCCAAAUAUAAGGCCGGACACAAGAUGCCCAUCAAAGACUCCAGCGCCGGCGGUGGACUUAUCGCUUCCUUGUCCCAAUACAAGAUCCCUCCACCUACGAUGCAAAUCGAACUUUCGCCGGAUCGAGACUAUUCCAAGAUUCCGCAUGUCAUAAAGCUCGAACCGUCCAUGUCAAUUGCCUCUGGAGUUAGUGCGCCGAAGAUCAUCACACUUGUUGGUAGCAAUGGACAGCGUUUCAAGCAGCUGGUCAAGGGCGGAUCGGACGAUCUCCGCCAAGACGCUAUUAUGGAACAAGUCUUCUCUGCAGUUUCCUCCGUAUUGCAACACCAUCGAUCCACUCAACAGCGAAACUUGGGCAUUCGCACCUACAAAGUUCUGCCGUUGACAGCAUCGUCAGGACUGAUCGAAUUCGUGCCCAACACGAUUCCGCUGCAUGAAUACCUGAUGCCAGCACAUGAGCGAUAUCAUCCGAAGGACCUUAAAGGAUCAAGCUGUCGUAAGGAGAUAUCUCAAGUCCAGAAUAAGUCCAUCGAGACGCGACUGCAAACCUACAAGAGCGUGACUAGUAGGUUCCAGCCCGUUAUGCGCUACUUUUUUAUGGAAUAUUUCCUCGACCCAGACGAGUGGUUCGCGAAGAGGACUGCGUACACACGAACCACCGCAGCCAUCUCAAUUCUAGGCCAUGUGCUUGGCCUUGGAGAUAGACAUGGACACAACAUCCUACUAGACUCGGUGACUGGUGAGGUUGUCCACAUUGAUCUUGGUGUUGCUUUUGAGACGGGGCGAGUGCUUCCCGUCCCCGAGUUGGUGCCAUUUCGUCUGACCCGAGACAUUGUCGACGGUAUGGGCGUGACAAAGACUGAAGGCGUGUUUCGUCGGUGCUGCGAGUUCACCCUCGAUGCCCUGAGAGAAGAGACCUACUCCAUCAUGACGAUCCUCGACGUCUUGCGUUACGACCCGCUGUACUCGUGGUCCAUCAGCCCCGUGCGCAUGGCAAAGCUUCAGGACGUCAGGCGCGACGGCGAAGCAGACGAUGCCGCAGCGGCCGAGAGCGCUUUCGAUCCCAAGAGAAAGGCGGGCGGGCUGGUCAACGAGCCUAGCGAGGCGGACCGCGCCCUCGAGGUCGUGCGCAAGAAGCUCAGCAAGACGCUCAGCGUAACUGCGACCGUCAAUGAUCUCAUCAACCAGGCUGUGGAUGAGAGAAACUUAGCAGUCCUGUAUUCUGGUUGGGCUGCCUAUGCUUGA